AUUUUGCGCAGAGCGAACCAUUCCACUGCUGUCUGCUGUACCAGGGUACUUGCCUCCUGCCGACUGCAACAUCGCCCCGGUGCUGUGCUCGUGUGCUGGGACACCUGCGACACCCUGUUAUACGCCUCAAGAUCAACGUUCACCCUGCCUAAAUACGUUGGCUCCCUACGGCGUAACUGCUGAGAUACUUGACAUCCGUCAACGACCUAGAAAGAGAUGGACAAUCCAGGAUGGCGCGCAAGGCAUCAGGCUCGCAAGGAGCUCGAACGCCCUCAUAUGCGCGGACCAGACGGCAUGUACACGCCCGUAGAGCAAGAGCCAAUGCCCAUGAACGAGGGCUUCAUCGGCGGCUUCCAUCCCACUAUCGACCCGGGAGUCGCGCCGCCACCGCCGCUGCCGCCGAAGGACCACCGCUUCCACCUCCCCGGCUUCGAGGCCCGCCACCAGCGCGACGAGGAUGCGCGGCCCGUGAGCGAGGUCCCUGCCGCGUGGCUGCCCAACUACCCCCAAGGGCCCGGUCAGCCCGCCGCGAUCCGCGCCAGCGAGCUCACCAAGCUGAGCGCCGUCGAGCGCACGCACAGGUUCAAGACGGCGCGGAUGAACCCGCAUCUGCAGUUCAUGGCCGGCCCGCUGUUGCGUUUUGACACGAUCGACGAGCAUGGGGUCUGGUGCGGUUCGGCGAUGAUCGUCACCGCCGACGCUGGAUCAAUCUAUGAACCUCAUCCGAUGCUCACCUACGAAUGGGACCCGGAUCGUACUCCAGUGUCUCGCUUACCGGGAAGCCCGGAAACACCGCGAUCGCACGGCAAGUCGUUCGACCUUGGACCGCACCCGGCCGACCCACAAGCGGUCGCAUUUCCGCCGGCGAACGGGCACCUGGAAGGGCCGAACACGCAAGUGCAACACGUUCGAGGUCAGGAGCUCUGGGUGUAUGCCGGUCACGGCGGGACGUUCACAUUCUGGCGUUUCAUGAUCCGGGUCCCUCUCGAACGGAACCCGAUGAAGAUCCAAUACAGCAUCAACAGCGGACAAGAUCUUGAAUUUCAUGUUCCCGCUCGCGGACAGAACAUGCGCUGGGCUGCGUACUCGUGUAACGGGUUCAGUGCCGGUGUCAACCCGGAUAACUUCCGAGGGCCCGGCUUCAAGAGCGGUUACGACCCCGUGUGGAUGGACCUGCUCGCCAAGCACGCGGAGGACCCAUUCCACGCACUCGUUGGGGGUGGUGAUCAGCUUUACUGCGAUGGGAUUACGCGCGAACCGGAGCUGCAGGAAUGGGUAACGAUGAGGGACAACACCAAGAAAAAGGUCUAUCCGCUUACGGACGAAAUCCGUUUCGCUAUCGACCGUUUCUAUUUCAACCACUACUGCGCUUCCUUCCGCAGUGGCGCGUUCGCGCGCGCGAACUGCUCGAUUCCGAUGAUGAAUAUGCUGGGUGACCACGAUCUUAUCGACGGCUUCGGUAGCUACCCCGACGAUCUGCAGAUGUCGCCCAUAUUCAGACAUAUCGGAUCCCGAGGCUACUUCUUCUUCCUCCUUUUCCAAUGUUUCAUCGUCGCUGAUGUCGAUGGACUGGACGACAAACAUCAUACGAACAAGUCGAUCAUCAUCGGCGGACCCGGUCCUUAUGUGCCCUUCCCGUCCCACUCGUUCUUGGCGAAUAUGGGCCCGAAAACGUGGAUGUUGCUCCUCGAUUGCAGGGCGGAGAGGAAGAAGGACCAGGUCUGCAGCCGAACGGAGUAUGACAAAGUGUUCGAGAGACUGCAGACGAUACCCCAGGGCGUCGAGCAUCUGGCCGUUCUCAUCGGCAUUCCCAUCGCAUACCCGCGAAUGGUCUUCCUCGAGACAGCGCUAGAGUCAAAAUUCAACCCCUUAAUAUCUCUCGGAAAGAACGGGACGUCGGGCCUGUCCGGCUUUCUCAACAAGUUCAACUCUGACGCCGAGCUUCUCGAUGAUCUGAGCGACCACUGGACCGCCAAAUCGCACAAGAAGGAACGAAACUGGUUCAUCGAACAGUUGCAGCACUUCGCGCUGGCCAGGAGAAUCCGAAUCACCUUUGUAUCUGGCGAUGUGCAUUGUGCCGCCUGCGGCGUGCUCAAAACACUCGUCAAGAAGAAAGAUCAGGCACCGGUGCCCCCCGUCGAGGAUCAUCGAUACAUGCUGAACGUCGUUACCAGUGCCAUAGUCAAUACCCCGCCGCCAGGCGGUGUGUUAACCAUGGUCGGCACCCUCGCUUCAAAGACGCAUCGCACAAUGCAUUACUGCGACACGGAUGAGACGAUGGUGCCUCUUUUCCAGCACGACCCAGACGGUAGCUCGAGCAAAAACAAGUACAUCAUGGGCAGACGGAACUGGACCGCCGUCACGCUUGACCCAUCCUCAGGCGAAAUGCUGUUCGACAUUCGGGUGGAGAAAGAAAAAGGCAUAGGCCAGACUGUCGGGUAUCCGAUUCGAGCGCCGCCUCCACGAUGGUGAAGUACUGGUCACUUCGGCAUUCUAUCUAAUCGGCAUUGGUUCGUGGCAGACCCUAGCCCGCUUUGGUUCAAAAUCCCGCAUGCGCGUCCGUUCUUGCUUCCUGAGAAUGUGUAAUCAUUUGCAGCUGCUAAGUUGGCUUCCCCUCAUUAAACUACUCCCCAUUUUCAUAACUUAUUCUAUGAUACCCGUGCC